GUGUCCCCUCAGCUCCUCCGGGGCCCGCAGCCUUUGGGCCGGUUGGAGGCCCCGAGCAGCGCCUUGGUCUGACCGCAUCGCCCGGUGCCGCCCUGUGUGCGCUCAGAGGGCGCUCGGGGCGCGGUUUGGGCCGGAGCUGCUCGCGGUGCGGGGCUGUGUUGGCUCUGAUCACCUAUUUUUCCCCACGUAAUUCUGAUGGAAGACCAGCUGGAGUUCCUGCAGCACUGAAUAGUUGCUUGGAGAAGUGGUGAAUGAAUGAAGAUACGGUCGGUGAUGGUUCAGACGUGGGAGCUGCUGCAGAUGUGGUUGCUGCUGGCGCUGCCCUGGGAAGAUGCCUUGAUAGGGAAUUAACACCUGUUAGUGAUGGGCUGUGGGACAAGCAAAGUGCUUCCCGAGCCCCCCAAAGAUGUGCAGCUGGAUCUGGUUAAAAAAGUAGAACCUUACACAGGCCACAGUGACAUCUACAAGCAUUUCAUCAAAGAUGAUGGUGGGACUGUCAUCAAAGCUGGCUCUCCCUCACCCCCGCGUCACACAAACCCAUUUCCUGUUAACCCCCUGCCUGCCCACGCAGCCCAGCCUGAGCCCCGCAAGAACAAAGUGGCCAAAUACCGUGCCAAAUUUGACCCCCGAGUGACAGCCAAGUACGACAUCAAAGCCCUGAUUGGAAGGGGCAGCUUCAGCCGCGUUGUGAGGGUGGAGCACAAGGCCACCAAGCAGCCCUAUGCCAUCAAGAUGAUAGAGACCAAAUACCGGGAGGGGAGGGAGGUGUGUGAGUCAGAGCUUAGCGUGCUCAGGAGGGUUCGCCACACCAAUAUCAUCCAGCUCAUAGAGGUGUUUGAGACCCAGGAUCGCGUGUACAUGGUGAUGGAGCUGGCUACUGGGGGAGAACUGUUUGACAGAAUCAUCGCCAAAGGUUCCUUCACGGAGAGGGACGCCACGCGCGUGCUGCAGAUGGUACUUGAUGGUGUGAGGUACCUGCAUACACUGGGUAUCACACACAGGGACUUAAAACCAGAGAACCUGCUCUAUUACCAUCCUGGAACUGAUUCCAAAAUCAUGAUUACAGACUUUGGUUUGGCCAGUGCUCGGAAGAAGGGGGAUGACUGCCUGAUGAAAACCACCUGUGGGACACCGGAGUACAUCGCUCCCGAGAUCCUGGUCAGGAAACCCUACACCAACUCUGUGGACAUGUGGGCUCUGGGUGUCAUCUCCUACAUCCUCCUGAGUGGGACGAUGCCCUUUGAGGAUGACAACCGUACCCGUUUGUACAGGCAGAUCCUGAAGGGAAAGUACAGCUACUCAGGCGAGCCCUGGCCCAGCGUGUCCAACCUGGCCAAGGAUUUCAUUGACCGCCUGCUCACGGUGGACCCCAGCGACAGGAUGACGGCCCUGCAGGCCCUGAAGCACCCCUGGGUGGUCAGCAUGGCGGCCUCCUCCUCCAUGAAGAACCUGCACCGUUCCAUCUCCCAGAACCUUCUCAAGAGAGCCUCCUCCCGCUGCCAGAGCACCAAGUCAGCACAGUCCACACGCUCCAGCCGCUCCACCAAAUCCAACAAGUCCCGGAGGGUUCGGGAACGGGAGCUUCGAGAGCUCAACCUGCGUUACCAGCAGCAAUACACUGGCUGAGCACCGGGCUGGGACCUGCCCGAAGUCUUUCCAGAUGUCUUCUCUACAGUGUAGGUGUGCAGCACCCUUUGCUGCAGGUUCCUCCCUCCCUUCUUUCAGGUGUUCCCUCCCCCACAUUGUGGAGGAAAAAGGAACCUUGUGGUGGCACUAUGGGCCAGUUGUGCCGCAGGGUCUCACGCAGGGGACGGAGCAGUUCGUUGGCUCAGAGCUCAGAGCCUCGAGGAACACACAAAUUAAGGAGCCACAAAUGGGGAGGAGCUCUUUCUGUAGCCCAGGAGCCUGGUUGUUCAUAGUUAUUUAUUAAUUCCACUCACAUAUGGAAACAAAAUCACUUUGUAUGUGCACACGUAGCACAUACACACCUCUGUGUGUGUGUGUAUUUGUAAAAAAUUCAUAUAUACACACAUUCCAAGCUGGUUUUGUCACACUCUGAGGUGCCUUUGCAGUGAAGCCGGUGUGAGUCACAUGCAGUCAGAACCAAGAUAGCACUGACUCACAGCGUGCUGCCCACCAGCUCCUCGUCCCAGUGCAAUGCCACCCAAGAUGCCAGACAGCAGUUGUGUGCGUGACGGCCAUGAAGCUGUAAGGAUCCCCAAAGGGCUGCCUGCCAUCAUUGUACUGACAUCAGUGGUUUGCUCACAUCAUGCAGAUUGACAGCUGGACCAAAACACUGUCACCUUGGAGCUGGAGUCCCUUCCCUUUCAUCCUGUGACUGCGUGGUUGCUCCCCAGUGAGGGGCAGUGAGAAAAGGAUCGUCCUGCAGGACCUUUGUGCUCCACAGAGAUGAAGGCAGUUCUUAGGGGUUCCCCUCUUUGUAGUAGGAGCAGUGCCUGCCAUGCAGGGUUUGGUUUUGUUGCUGUGGUCUGGCUUACUGUUACCAACUGUUUCCAAUGCUUUGGUUGCUCUGGGGUGUUCCCUGACCCCUCCUGUUGCCAUCAGUUCUCUGGGGGCAGGGAAGGGGUGGUGGGAGCUGGCAGGGUGGCCACAAGGGGCUCCACAGGGGUAGAGUAGGGGCUUGGCUAGUAGAAACCAGCAGUGAGAGAUGUGCAGAAACCACCGAGCUGUUAGAUACAGCUUAAAACCACCAGGAAAAGGUGGGCUUUCAGUCCUACUGAGCUGAAAAUAGGACAUUUCUAGGGAUGUGCUUUCAACCCCAGUGCUAAGAACCCAACCUCACCACACACCUUUUGUUCCCAAGCUCACGGUGAGAAUGACAGAGGAUACCUAAGGACGAUGAUCUCACACACUUGCAGCAGGGCUGCAUUCCAGACCCUUUCCGUGGGUUGCAUUGGAAGCUCUGCAUCCCUUGCAAGCUGCUCUGUCCCCAGUGUCCAUCCUUCCAUCAUCACUAACUGCUGUUGCAGAAUUGCUGGCUGUUUUUACUUCAGCUCUGUGGGCUGCAGGGAGGAUAAAAAAGGAAGGUUUCUUCAGCUUCUUUUCCUUUUGGUUGUAGUCUUUCCUGGUUCAUUACCAGGAAUGACAAACUAGACACAGUUUCUGAGAAAACAGGCAGCUUGCCACCUGCUUCAUUAGCAGCUGGGUGCUCCUUGUAUUCCUGCAAACAGCUCUUCAGAAGCAGCAAGUACUUCAAGGCGGGUAUUAACUGGAAAAGUGCUCUUCCCCUUCUUUACGUGAAGAGCCAGUCGGAUGCUUUCUCAGAGAGCUUCUGGUUAUGAGCCAUUACUUGAAGGAGUCUUCUGCUUGUUCGGAGCAUCACAGCCGGGCACUGUGAUCUUUAUAUCCACUUUGGUGCUUUUAUAGCCCUCCCCAGAUUAUCUUGCAUGCUUACCCAUAAAGCAGGUCUCCCAUCAGUCAAACUGAUGGACUGAGCCAAGACCCCUGGAAUCUGAGACUCUUUCCUUUAACCACUGGCUCAUCAAUGUGUCCAGAUUUGUUUGUAUCUACCUUGUCCCUGUGUGCUUUAUGUGGAUGCAAGAGGAGGGCAGGAGGCUGAGCUGACCAAGCUUGCGUCUCCUUCACACAGCAGAGCACCAAUCUAAUCUAUGGCUUAAACAAUUCCUUGGUGCUUCCAAUCUUGCAGCUGUGGCAUGUCUUCAGCGAGGGGACAGGCGAUGUGCCAUCAGUUGAGGUGCCUUCACAGCCUGUCCUUGAGGAGCUUUCACUGUGAAUGAUCUUGCUCACCUUCAUCUGUGUUCUGCAGGGGUGUCUCAGCUCUCCAUUCAUCUGAUAUCUCAGGACUUUCCCCUUUCCAGAAGUGCCUUUGCCUUUGGGGAUGUUAGAAGUUAAAAUCUAUGAUGCUUUAUUGGUUUGUUUUUCUUUUUUAACCCCUUAUUUCCUUCUUUGGCUCUUAAUGUUGAUUCCAUUGCUGUGUCCUCGGGGUGUGCAGACCUUAGCGGAGGAAUGGUGUUGUUAUGGUGUUGUUGUCUGUACUUGGUUAGUAGGGUGAAAAUGAAGCUGGAAGGACACCUAGUGGCAAACUGCACCGUGUCCUCAUCCAGAUGGAGCUGUAGGGGGUCAAGGAAACGUUGUACAUUUGUCUUUUGGAACUUAGCACUACUGUGUAAAGCAACCCUAUCGUUCUGCCUUGGAUGUUUGCCUGCUCUGCUGGGGAGGUGGAUGCGGCCUCAGAGGACGUUGCUGGCUGAUUCCUUGGUAUUGUGGGGGGGAACUGAAUGUGAAAAAGGUCUUCCAGACUAAAUGUUGAUAGUCUACAGACUGUUCAGCUUUGUGCCCAGGUUUCUGAGCGUGUGAUGUAUUUUCCUGUGUGCUUUGCUAAAAAUCAGUUGCUUGUCCAGCUGCAAUUCACUUCUUACUCUUUCAAGGCUAUUGCAGACUUAACGCAGCAGCCCAGGGGUAGCAGAUUCCCUCACUCCUUUGGUCCAGCAGCAGUCGUGGAGCAAUGUAGCAGCCAACAUGUGGUGCUUUGUGGGUGGGAGAAGAGCACUCCCAUUGAGAUCCAUGGUGUGUGGGGCAACGUUGGCUUUCACCUUGGGUUAUGCCAGUUCUCUGUGGGCAGAGUAAAGCAGAGGCUGGCUAUUUGGAGAUGGCACCGGAGGAUUCCCAAAGCGUUCCCUAUCUGUAAAAGAAUCCAGGUCAGCCCAUGGCUUUGGGCAGAUGUUUUCCAGCCUUCUUCAUCCCAGAAAACAACGUGCUGUGCCUGUUCCUCUCAGACACUGAACCCCAGGCUGCCCGUGUUGCUCUCAGGAGCAUUUUGGUGCUUCUCCUGACCACUCAGUCUCCUCUUCCAGCCUGGAUUCAAAAUGCAGCCCUCAGGUGCCAGGUGAGCAUCACCGAGCGGUGAAUUAGCCAGAAAAUGUGAAGCAGCAGAGAUGCUUUGUGCUAUCAGCAUCACAGAGCGUGGCACCUUCCCCCCCUUGGUGUCCCCAUGGCGCAGAGAGCUGCCCCCCCCUGCCCUUGGUGACACCGUGUCCUCCUGCUGUCCCCCCAUUGCUAACAAUGUACAUCCUGUGUGUGUGACCGCUGAGCCACUCACUGCUGUUGCCUGGAUGUUGCACUGCUGUUACUGACUGUGGAGCAAAUCCUGGCCCAAACCAGAAACGAGAACCUAUCAGCUGCUGGGGAGCUUUCCUUGAUGCCUUUCACUGCGGAAAGACACCUCCUGGGGAAGCUGUGGGACCGGAGGCCUUCCAGCGCUGCCUGUUAUUUUCGGUCACUGAAUUUCCUGUGCACAGCACUCAUGUCCUGUUUGCUCCUAAUGAAAUUCUGUGCCUUGCCCUUGGGCCUUGUCUUUACAGACUGUCUCAUAGAAUGAGGUCUGAAGCGUUGUAAUUAGUCUGUCACGUUCCGGUUAGGGUGUACAGAGCUAUUUAUUUUGUGUACUCGGUCUGUUAAACACGGCAAUGUAUCCUGUGUAUCCCA